ACAGUGUGACCUAUUCAAUACGAUAUUAUUACUUAGGUACCUUAGACGAAUAGUGGAAUCAUAAUACAUGUGGUAUCAUUAUCGACUGCAUAAAUUAAAACCUACCUUACUCUUUAAAUUUAGUAGCUAUUCACAUAAAUGAUAUUAAUAAUCUAUCAUGUUUUUUAUUUUUUAAAGGUGUUAUGUCCAUAAAAGAGAUGGAUACCGUAAAACAUGUUAUACCUUGGACAAGUGACCAAAAGAAUGUUCUGAAAUCCAACGGAUGUAAACCUACAAUAUAUAUAAACAGCUGUCAUACUCAAAGUUUCUUUGAAGUCCUUCAAUGUUUACGAAAAGAAGAAUUGUUAUAUGAUAUUAAGCUAGAAACAGAUGACGGAGUAAUAGUUUGUGCGCAUAAAGUAGUUUUAGUUUCAGCUUGUCCAUAUUUCCGUGAAAUGUUCACCUGCUGCAGUUCUGCUGUAGGGGAUAAAUAUUAUGUUGUAAAUAUAGGAGAUAUCGAUUCUAACAUUUUACAAUUGCUUAUCGAUUUUAUUUAUACUGGCAAAAUAAUGGUGACCGAACAAAACGUAAUGAGUUUGUUACCAGCUGCUAUAUUCUUACAGUUGGAUUAUGUAAAAGGCGUAUGUGUUGAGUUCUUACAAAAACAAUUGAAUACUUCAAAUUGUCUUUAUAUCAAAGAAUUUGCGUACUUUUAUAACUGUAUGGAAUUGUUGUCAAGUUCUGAAGAAUACAUGAAAACACAUUUUUUAAAAUUUGUUGAAACAGACGAGUUUCUAUCUUUGUCUUGUGAAGAAGUGAUUAAUCUGAUCUCCCGUGAUGACAUUAACGUUCCAUUUGAAGAAAAAAUAUUUGAAUGUGUUAUUAAUUGGGUAAAACACGAAUCAGAUUGUAGAUAUGACAGUUUGCCUAAAUUGAUGGAACAUGUUCGUUUGUCAUUAGCACCCCAAGAGUAUAUAUCAAAAAAUGUAGUUGAUGAACCUCUUAUUAAAAAUAAUCCUAUAUGUAAAGAUUUCGUCAUUGAAGCUUUAAAUUUCCACAUCGUAAAUAAACAACGGCGCAUUACUAUGCCACAAACAAUUCGUUAUUCACCUAGACAGACUGGAAUUAAAUUUCUUCUUGCCAUGUGUGAUGCAUCUGGAUUGGGAAAGUGUUAUACAAGCUGGUAUGAUCCAGCAACCAAACAAUUGCAUACAACAAAAAAUAUGAAGAUGGGUUUUGAAUUAUGUGCUCUAGUCUUAAUAAAGAAUCACUUAGUUUUUGCUUUUAGUAAUGUAGAUUUAAAUUCAAGAUCAAUUAAAAUGCUUGAUUUAUUUUCACAAUCACUUCAAUGGAAAUCAAAAGUUAAAAUUUUAGUCGAUAGAAAUCAUUUUGGAGUUGGUGUCUUAGAUGAUCGUAUAUAUGCUGUUGGCGGUGCAGUUGGUACUUCUUAUUUUAAGUGUGCGGAGGUUUUUGACGUGAGUGUUCGAGAAUGGCGAUUUAUAUCCAGUAUGGCUACUGAGAGAAUGGACCCCGGUGUUGGAGUACUCGAUAAUCUUUUAUACGCGGUAGGAGGUUUCAAUAACGGAUGUGCUUUGAAAUCUGUUGAAUGUUAUGAUCCCAGCCUUGACACGUGGACACCACUCGCACAAAUGUCUACAAGUCGCAGAGCCCCUGGUAUAGGAGUCUUAGAUGGUAUAAUGUAUGCUAUAGGUGGUGACUGUCAGGACGAUGCUAGUUCAGUGGGUCUUAAAAGUGUUGAGGCAUACACCCCAAUUGAUAAAGUUUGGUCUACUAUACCUGAUAUGCACUUGUGCCGAGUCGCUCCAAUUGUCACAUUUAAUGGAUUCUUGUAUGUUAUUGGUGGAUUUGAUGGAUCUACUAAUUUGGAUUCUGUAGAAAUAUAUGACCCCAACAGUAACACGUGGACUAUGGAACCAUUGCCAACAAGUGGAGAGGUAAUUCAUGGUGCAGUUGUCAUUGAUAUGCCAUCACAUUUGAGGUCUUAUUAGUUUAUACAUGUUUUUAUUUUUGGUUGCUGUAUAUUAUAUUCAUAUUAACUUAUAAUUCAUGAAUAUAUUAUAAUAUUAUUAUAUUAUAAUAUUAUUAUUAUAUUUUAAUAAUUUUAAUUGUCAAUUAUAUUAUCGUUCGGUAAACUUCUGAAUAAUUUAUCCACAUAUUUUCUUUAAAUAUUAUAGUAAAUAUUAUGUUUAUUUAUUUGCAGAGUAUGCAAUACUACGCAGGGCUUGAAACAGAAAAUAUAUUUCCCGAUUUCGAUUUUGGUUUCAGAUAUCUGUAUUUAUUUUUUCCGGUUUUGAUUUUGGUUUCCAUUACUGGUAUUAUUGUUUUCCAAUUUUGUUUUCAGUUUCGAUAUCGAUUUCGGUUUUUAACGGUUUUGACUGGUAUUCAAAAUCAGUAUCAAAUAUUGGUUUCAAGCCCUGUGUAAUAGUGUAAUACUAUAUAAUUGACAUCAGUAUUUUUGCACUAAAUAAUUUACAGCAAUAGAGGGAAGGUUCUUACAGGUAAUUGUAUCGAUACAAGACACUCUUUAAUUAGUACAAAAAAAUGUACGAAUUUAAAAUAAUUCGAUUCAGUCCAUGUUAUAUUAUAACUCCAUAACAGUAAUUG